AUGUCAGCACGUAGGCGACGAGUUACUGGCGACGUAGACGAUGUUCCACUGACAUCAUACAACGAUCCACGUCAAUUUGGUGGUACAUUUUACGGAGAACAAUCCCAAGGAAAUGGAAAGCCAGACAACUGGCAAAUAGAUAGUGAUAAUAAGGAAAAUUUAAGUAAUUAUAAUUAUAUUCCAAUCAUGACGUCGCGCGACAGGAGUAACGAGUUCGCAAAUGCCAUCAAGACCAUGCAAGGCAGAACUAUGAUGAGGACUAAUGUCAAAAGUCCAACUCAUGGCAAGCAUUUCCAAAGUUACUCACAAUUUAUGAUGAUUGCUAAGAAUAUUGGGAAAAAUAUCGCCAUGGCAAAGAAAAAGUCUAUUUUUGAUGACAGACAAUUGGAAAUAGACGAGCUGACAAAUAUUAUCAAGACUGACUUGAGCAGUCUAAAUAAACAAAUCGGUCAACUUCAGGAAUUGAGCAAGCAACAGAGAGAAUCAUCCUCUAAAAGUCAUCAUAUAGCUUCGCAUUCCUCUUCUGUGGUGGUUACUCUCCAGUCAAAACUUGCCAAUAUGUCUAAUCACUUCAAGAACGUACUUGAAGUACGCUCUGAGAAUAUGAGGGAAGAGCAAAACAGGAGACAGCAGUUCACUCAAGGGCGUGUAAAUACUAAAUUACCAUUAACCGGUGGACAACAAAGCUCAUUACUCCUUGAGGAACAAGAUACUAGAGGUAAUUCUGUUAGUAUAAAUGUUGAACCCAUGGGAGGGCAAAUGAUGAUGCAACAGGCGAUUCGAGAUGACACGGACUCUUAUGUGAUGUCUCGAGCAGAAACGAUGCAAAAUAUAGAGUCUACGAUAGUUGAACUUGGAGGGAUUUUUUCGCAGUUAGCUCAUAUGUUUUCAGAUAAAAUGUAA